GUUUCCCACAAUACACUGAAUACUGAGGAAGUGCUGUCAGAUUCUCUGCAACAACUGUGCUUAGGUUAAGGGAAAUGAUUUUUUUUAAUGUGUUGGCUAUCUUCCCUCACAACUGUAUCUUUUUGUGCUGGAAACAAUUACCCAGAAAGGCCUUAAAUGGGGGGGGGGGAGAAUCAUCCCUCGGCUAUUCACAUGUUUAGCAUGUUAAUAGUCUUCUAUAAUUCAACAAUGUUUCCAGAAUUAGAUGUAAGAAACGUAGACCCAAAUGUUUUCACAUAAUUCUCUCCUACAUUGAAGCACUCAGAAUUUCAAAUUUAGUCCAUACUAGCAAAACUGAGAGAUCCUGUUUCCAAUUGUUGUGGUCAUACUAUAGUCAAAUGGGACUGUCACCUGAAACAGGGCAAAGAAUUGUUCUUUGCUGUGCCAGAGGGGAGCACUAGAUCUAAUGGGCUUAAAUUCUGGGACUUAUUUCAGUUUAAUAUUAGAAGAAACUUAACAAUAAGCACAGUUCAACAAUAGAACCAAGGGGGGGGGCUCUCCUUUGCUAGAGGCCUUCAUACAGGUGGUGAGCCAUCUUUAGGAAAUUUUUUGGCACAGAGCUAGAUGGCUUAAGGGCUCUUUCAGUUCUAAUUCUAAGUAAAGUAAUUGGGUGCGUUGCAAUCGUAAAUCCAAAUUCAUUACAGCACAAUAUAUUUUAUGCAUUAUCAGAAAAUAGGAACUAUACUAAAACUCUAGAAAGAGAGCCAUGUUGUCUUUCACCAAAAUCGAAGUCUCGUGGUACUUUAAAGAUUAACCAUAUACUUUUCCAUAGCUUUGCGUCCACUCUCUGUUGCAUAGCCCUGAAUAUAAUAAAUGUUACGGGGUCGGGGGGAGCGGAAUAUUAUUUUAAGCCCUUUCUAUGGAACUUUGCCAACCGGGUGGAUUUCAUUUUGGCCCGGCCGUUCCCAAGGGCUAAUAUGUAGUACUGACCACUUUUGAAUGGGCGCCCACAACCUAAAGAAGAGGAGACGCUUGAGCCCAGCUUCCAUGGGUAUACUUUUCGGGCAAGGACACGCGAGAGCCCGAGCAGACCUGCCAGGAGCUGAGCAGGUCCUUCUCUAUGCACUUGCACUGCACUGCAGGAGGGAUAGUACCACACAAACGGGUCGUGAAAAGGCGGGCAUUGAUAGGCGCGGGGAGCGCCGCUGGCAGGAACGCUGAGUUCAGAUUGGUUGGCUGCAGAGCGGGUGAGCUGAAGGACCAAGCCCAGCCUCGAGGCGGAGCCUACGCAUUACCCGCGAAAUUCGGAGAAGGGCUCGGGAGGACGGCGGUGGCGGCGGCGCUCUUCCUUUUUCUUUUUCCUUCCCUCGCGCUUCUCUCUCUCGCUAUGUGCUCCAUCAUUCCUGGCUACUCGCCUGGCUUCAAGAAGCCUCCCGAGACUCUGCGUCUGAAGCGGAAAAGGCCCCGGAGAAGCGAAGCGGCCCGGGUGCCGGUCUCUGGGGAGUCUCCCGCCGCGACCGCCUGCUGCCCUCUCGGAGACUCCGCGGCCUCCCCUCGGCCCUUCCCGGGAAGUCGUAGGCGCAACCCCUUCUCGAGCUUGGAGAACACGCCGCGUUCGCCGGGAACCCGCCCGCGCUCUUCUCCGUCCCGAAAAGAAGCGGAGGAGGAGUGGUCGGCGAAGGGGAGCAGCUGCAGCACCCCACGAAACAGCAGCUGCCAAGAGUUUUCAAAUGAUCAAGAAAAUUCCAUCUGGAAAGAAGAAUUUUCUGAAACAGCAGAUGUUGCCUCAUUAACCAAUAACCCAUAUCUGGAAGUAUACAAUACCGAUACUUCUUCACCAAGUUAUGAAUUUCCUGCGGAUUGGAGUAUUAAAACUCGCCUUCUCUUCACAUCUUCCCAAUCAUUUGCAUGGACAAAUCAUUUGAAAGCACAAGAAGAAUCUCAAGGAUAUGUCCAGCAUUGUAGAGCAACAUCAGUAAACUUGCCUCACAGUAUUCAGGAACCAAAACUCUCCACAGAACUUCGGUGUGCUUUUCAACAAAGCCUUGUAUAUUGGCUUCAUCCUUUCUUGCCAUGGCUACAGCUCUUCCCUCGUAUUGGAACAGACAGAAAAAUGGCUGGAAAGAAUAGUCCUUGGCUCCAUGAUGAAGCACUUCAACAAGUUCUCAUGAGUGAAUGGUCUCUCAGUUUUACUUCCCUAUAUAAUCUUCUAAGAGCCAAGCUAUGUCCUUAUUUCUAUGUUUGCACGUACCAGUUCACUGUGUUGUUCCGAGCUGCAGGGCUUGCUGAUAGCGAUACUAUCACCGCCCUCAUUUCUCCCACAACCAGAGGCUUACGAGAAGCCUUAAAAAAUGAAGGUAUUGAAUUUUAUUUACCUUUCCAAGAUGUUAGAAAAAGGAAAUUGAAUGCUUUAGCAUCCCGCCUAGAAACAGGACUUGCUAAUGAUUCGACUGCAGGCAAGGAUUCUGAGAAUGAAGAGGAGCAAGAGAUGAGUGAUGAUGACAAUGAAGAAUUUUCAUGGCUGGAAGAGAUGGGAAUUCAGGACAAAAUUAAAAAACCAGAUGCAAUUUCUAUUAAACUCUUUAAAGAAAAGAAUGAAGUACAAAUGGAUCACAAGCCGGAAUCUGUCGUGUUAGUGAAAGGAACAAACACAUUCACUUUGCUAAACUUCUUGAUAAACUGUAAGAGUUUAGUGGCUUCGGCAGGUUCUCAGGCUGGCAUCCCUCCAACUCUGCUAUCUCCAAUUGCUUUUAGAGGUGCAACAAUGCAGACACUCAAGGCCCGAAACAUAAAUGUGAAAACACAAGUAAAUGCACAUUACAAAGAAGUAUCUAGUUUGGAGGUUGUAGGCCCUGUCAUGCCUCACGCUCUGCAUUCUUUGUCCAUGCUACUCAAAUCUGCUCAGAAUGGAUCUUUUUCUGCUGUGUGUUACACACAUGAGCCAACAGCAGUGUUCAAUAUAGGCACCAACAAUAAGCAGAGCAUAAAGAAGGAAUACCUGAAGGAUGACCUUAAUAAGUGCGGAUUGCAUCCUAAUACCUUGGAUCAGCUGACUCAUUGUCCAGUGCUGGGAAAGUCUUCCUUACGGCUCCUAGAAAUGAAUGAUUAUACCUACACAUGGAAAUCCUAAAUAAAUUGUGAAUCAACAUAAGGACUGCUAUUACUGUUCUUCUAAGUUACCAUCAUGUCCAUCUAAAACAGCUUGGCAGAAAGAGAAACAGCUGUACUGUAUUUAAAAUGUACCCCCCAAACUGCCUUUAUUUUUUUUUCCCCAAGUUUGAUACAUCUGCAUUUUUAUAUAUUUUAAAUUAAACUUUGAUUACGAA